CUGCUAGAUCCACCACAUCCUGAUGCUAAAUGUUUCUGUCAGGAAGUUGGACUGUAACUGCAGGACAAACCCUGCUGAGUCCAGAAGUGUUGAGUUUUAUUUGAUGAAAGUUUGAAUCAUGAGGAAGCUGUACUCAGAUGAAGUCUCCUCCUCAUCCUCUGAGAUCAACAGGAAGCUUUUUCAGAUCUUGUGAGACAUAAAGAUGUUCUGAUUAGUUUCUGCCUGUUCAGCCUGCAGAGGAGCAGCGACAUCAUUCUGAGUGAAGUUGAUGAGACGCCACAGAGCGAUGAAGAACUGAUGAUGAUGAGUGUGGCGGUAAAUCAGGAGGAAGGUGAUGAAGAAGCUGCAGCCAGAGGUGAAAACCCAAGCAGAACCUGCAAGCUGCCAGCAGGGGGAGUAGUUCUGCUGGUUCUGGUCGGUCUGCUGGCUGCUGCUGUCAUCACCUACAAACUCUCUUUUGAUAAAAUACGAACCAAUCAAACCAUCCAAACCCUGAAAGAGGAGAAUGAAGCUCUGAGGAAAAAUAUCUCAGAACUAAAAUACAUAGAGCAGCAAACAUGUCCUCCACCUACAGCAGUAAAAGAUGAGAGAUGUGUGAAGAAAAGACCAGAAUGGGAGAAAUAUCGAGGAAGCCUUUAUUAUUUCUCCACCAAUAAAUCCUCCUGGAAUGACAGCAGACGUUCCUGCGCUGAUCUGGGAUCAGACCUGGUGAAGAUCGACAGCAGAGAGGAGCAGAUGUUCCUGGAGAUCAGGGUGAGAGAUUUGAUGGAAAACGAUCGAGAGAAGUUCUGGAUCGGACUGACGGACUCAGUGGAAGAAGGCAAAUGGUUCUGGGUUGAUGGAUCACCUCUGAAUAAAAGUUUAAGUUUUUGGUUGCCCUGGGAGCCUGAUGACAUGAAAGCAGAAAAUCCAGCUGGAGAGGAUUGUGGAGGGAUGGGGAAGAAAGGAGGAGCUGAUGAUCUGAUAUGUUGGUAUGACCAGUUCUGUGAUCUUCAUCGGAGAAGCAUCUGUGAGAAACCAACAAACCUUUCUACAACUGAGCUUCAUUUUUUCAGUAAAUCAAAUUAUUACCAUCCCUUGUGAAGCACCUGAUUACUAUCUCACUACCCCAGAUUACAAAGUAUUUUUCCUAUAGUAAAAGUACUUUAGUAUAGUAGUUUUCCUGUCUUUCACCCGCCUUUGUUAACUUUAAAACUUGCUUUUAGAACAAAAAAUCAUUUUCUUUGAAAAUGUAAUCUGAUCUUUAUUCUUCCUCUUCCCAUCAUCCCCAUCAUUUAUUCUUUAUUUCUGAAUAAAGCUGAAAUAUAAAUAAUC